AUGGCUAAUACGAGAGGCGGGAAUGGUCAGCGCACAACAGGAGUGGCUGCUGCUGUAUGCGCGCGGCAUGAGGUGCUCCCGCCUCUCGGUGUCGCGCCAUUACGCAAAGGAGAACGAUACGAAACUAUGGACUGGGUACUUUGCGGCGCUCUGUCAUUCGUUCGGGCCGCCGCGGUCACGAUAUCCUACGACGUCGCUUGCCAGUACGCCAUCAAUCUCCCCGCUCGCUUGGCUGGAAUCCGCCCUGCGAGCGUUAUCUGGGCGGGUGCGCAGGCCUUUGCGAAGUUCUACGAGACGGGUCUCAUCACCUACGUCGUACCUAAGUUCCACCUGUACGCCCACAAGGCAUACUGCCAGCUUCGAUAUGCACUCGGGUGGCUGUUUGGGUCGGCCAUUACAGAUGGCGAAGCACCAGAACGUGUUUGGUCGGCCCUUAACGCAGCUGUAUCCAGUCUACGGGAGAUGGGUCCGGGCGGGUAUCAUGACACGAUGGACGAUAUGUUCGGCGCUUGGAACUGGUUAAAGACGUGUUGCAUAGGGUCCUCUCUAUGCGAACGCAUGGAACGUGCGCUCGACGAAGGAGAUAAGCAGACGGAAACCCACACGGCAUUUGACGAGGCGUUGCGAGCAUCCCACCCAGAACAGGUCUCACGAGAACAAGCGCGUAUUGCGACCUGGCAAGCCUCCGACAACACCAAACUGCCCGACGCGGAUUGCCCUUACUACGCUGAGAGCAAAGGGAAAGCGAUCGCUCAAAUUAGGUUAGAGACGGAGCAGGCGAAAGGCGGAGCUACAUGCGAGGGGGCGCAUUUUGAAUCGGUGGAGGAGGCCGAGCUGGCAGACUGCAUUCUGGAUGGCAUGAAGAUUGAAGACGAAAGGCAACGUCUAGCCUCUAAUCACGCUGACGACAAUGAUGACGACGGGACGAUUGAUCAGAGAACUACUCGGACGCGAUCUCUGAACAAUCUGGCGCGGAUGAUCAUGAAAUUCAGGUCUGCGCAGGAGAAUACUAUGCCGUUGAUCUUCGCCGCGCUUUCUCCUGACGAUCGCGAGCCGGACCGCAGGACGGCCAUGACUGUUCCGCUUUGCUUGCCCUCUGCACCCCCUCUCAACAAACCCUCUGCUGUAUCCUCCACCGACAAAGCGGUAGAGUCCACGCUUCGGUGGGAGGCCAUGAAGGAUGAGCUCGAUAAUCUCUUGCAUCAUCUGCGCCUGAAAGGAUGCAUGCAUAAGCACAGGAUAGCUGGACCUACGGGACAGCGAGCGGGUACUCGUGCGCUGACAGCUCAGAUCUCGGUGAAUGACAAUAUCCGGAGGGCCUCGAACGCAUAUAGGCGUCACCGUGAGGCGUACUUUGCUUUGGUUGGCGGAGGGGAUUGGGAGAAGAUCAUGCGCAAGCUAGAAGACGCUGAUUGUCGCUGUCUGGGCGAUAGGCUCAUCGAGCAGAUGGAGAAGAUGACAGAGGAAAAUGUGCAGGCUUUCCUUGAUGGGAAGUAUGAGGCGGUGCACUCCGGCGAGACGGAAUAUACCUUGCCUUGGAUAUGGUACAAUCGGGCGGAAUCCAGCGGCGACAUUAUUGGAGAGCUCAUGUCAGAAUAUGCCAAGUCUCACGCGCGCUCUCAGCACUGGGUGCAUGAAGUGCGCCUUGUGGACACCGAGAUGCAACGCGUGCUGGAUUUCAACGAAUCUAUCGCGCGAAUAUGGGACUCGCGCCGAGUCGUUGGAGAGACCAUUGAUGUGGGAGAUGAGCGGAUCUGGGCGUCCGACGAUGGCUGGGAAGACGGAAUGCGGGCGUACGCUUCAAAGCAAGCGUUCAUUCGGAGGGCGCAAGCGGAGAAGUGGCGGGAGGAGUUCGCCGGGUUGAGAAAGGAGGCGAAGUGGUUCUUGAAGGUGCACACCGAGGAAGGCAUUUCACUCGACGCAGAGACGCUUCUGCCGGCCGAUGAAGUAGUUGAGUAUCGGCAGGGCGUAGCGGAAAGGCGCGCGAGACGUACGAAGAAGAGGAAAACUCGCCGUAAACAACAGGCCGCAGACGCGGCCGCGGCCGAGGCCGCGCGCGGGGAGUCCGACCCCGACUCACUUGCAGGCAACUCCGAUGUAGAUGGAGAUGGAGACGACUCAUCACCGUUUACGUUCAACGGCAAUGCCGUAGGUAAGGGCGGUAGGAAGGCGCGUGCGAAUGCAGGAACGCCCAGUGCACACGCACAGAGGGGAGGGCGUGGCGGACGCAGCGGACGGGGAAAGGGAAGGGGGCGUGGUCGAGGCGCACGAGGAGGCGCAAAAUGA